AUGUUCGCAGCCAAAGAAAACAACGAGAACGUACUCGCCAUUAGAAGAGGCGGAAAUGGCCUCGGCAAGUCCGCCAACAACGAGAACACUCUCACCGCUAGAAAGGGUGUAAAUGGCCUCGACAAAUCAGGCAAGCCGGCGCUGGUGACGCCUGCGGCACCAAGGACGGCUCGGGCACCUCUUGGAAACAAGACCACUAAUGCCAAAGCCAGGGCGACGCACCAAACACCGGCCGGCAAGACCCCGGCUGUCAAGGGACUCGCCCGCGACUUCGAGAAGACUACCAUCAAGCCGACCACAAAUCUUCGGCCGAAGCCGUCCGCGCCCCGAGCUGAAGCCUCACCUUCGAAGCUUGAAGUGCACGCAGACACGAAUUCGGCCGAAGAAGAAAUCGAGUACGCGCCGCCAAGGCCACACGAUAUUCAGUAUGAAUCCGAUGUGUUCCCCGACGGCGUCUUAACCUUCGAGGGACUGAAGCCCGAGAAUCUAUUCAAGGGAUAUUACCAGUACUACUUCAACCGUGUGGAUGACGAAGGCAAGACUGCAAUGGAGCGCGAAAUGGAAGCGCGGCAACAGCAGCGGUUUCAGCGCGGAGAAGAGCAGAUCCUCAGGGAUAUGGACGAGUUCGAUUGGAGCAUCGGCGAUAUCCCUGAGAGCAAGGAGUUGCCCAAGCAGAAGGCCAAGACAGCGCCGGCCCGCAAAACAGUGCCAGUUCCGAAAGCAGCCCAGGCCUCCAAAACAGCGCAGGUGCCCAGAGCAGUUACCGGCAGAAAAGUUCCCGCUGGGCAAAAGGCGGCACGUCCCGGCACCUUGAGGUAG